CGGGGCUACCAGUUGGGUCGUCUCAGUCAUUACGCUUUUGAUGCGGUGCUCAGUACGUUUCUCUUUCUCAUUCUCUCCUCGUGACCCAAGCAGGAGGCAGAAGUUCCCAAGUCGGAUGCGAUUGCCCUCAAACAGUAAAAGAUGCUAACCCGCCUUCGCUUCUAUCAGUCUCCGCCUUCCUGGCCGGCAUCAAGCGGUCGACUGGAUUAACGUAAUAAAUCCCCGUCCCGCUUCCCUCGCAUGUGCAAGCCUGCGCAACCUCAACCUCCGAGGAUUGAGGCUGGGUUGUAUUCGACCUCGUACAUCACGCUAACUCAUAUUCCUCACGCCUGCCCCUGUCCCGGGUUGUGCGUGGGGGUUCUUCACAGCCCCAGUCUCGAAACCGACAAAAUCACCGAUAACAAGGACUUCAAGCAGUGGAUCGACAAGUAUCUCGGGGUGGGCGAGUGGGUGAUGGACCAGUCCGUUGCGGUUCUCGGGUCGACCAGCUGGUUCGAGCGGAGACGGUAGAGUUUUGAUCAUCGUCGGCGGCUGAGUCGGCUGCCCCCUCUUUCUCUCCUGUCUCGGCGAAGAUGAAGUGACAGGGUCGUUGAACUUGGAAUUUCGAUACCGGACUCGGUUGCAGCGCCCUUUUACAUGCCUGUUUCGGUUGUGGUCGGCAGGAUAGAGCAACG